AUUACUUGGAGACGUUCAGUCCCGUAGCUAAGUUUCCUACGAUUCGUACUUUUCUUACUAUAGCUAUCACUAACAACUGGCCGGUACACCAGCUUGAUAUUACGAAUGCUUUUUUACACGGUAAUCUAAAUGAAACUAUCUUUAUGAAACAGCCGAAAGGAUUUGAGGACAACGAUCAUCCACACUAUGUGUGUAAACUCAAGAAAUCCAUAUAUGGAUUAAAGCAAUCUCCGAGACAGUGGUUCCAAACACUAUCCACUCAUUUACAAUCCAUCGGGUUUGUGGCAGGCAAAGCAGACACUUCUCUUUUCAUCAGGCGGAAAGACGACGUGCAAUUAUACAUGGUGAUCUAUGUCGACGAUAUACUACUCACAGGAAAUAGUCCCGAAAUGAUUACCAACACACUCGACAAACUCAAAAGCAAAUUCGAUAUGAAACAUUUGGGAUUUGCAAACAGUUUUCUCGGCAUUCAGAUAACCCGGACCAAAAACUCUUUCUUUUUGUCUCAAACUAAAUAUGCACAACAAAUUCUUAACACUGCAGGAAUGACCAAAUGCAAGCACCUUGCAAAUCCUUCUCAGACCAAACAACCAGACGUGUUGUCAUCAACUGCUCUUGAAUCCGAUCCAAAGUUAUACAGACAUUUAGUGGGAGCAUUGCAAUAUCUCACUUUAACUAGACCGGACAUAUCCUUUGCCGUUAACUCUCUGUGUCAACAAAUGCAUCAUCCAAUGCCUCCAAAUUUUAAUUCUCUGCAUCGUCUAUUAAGAUAUAUUAGUGGCACUCUAACAUAUGGUCUACCAAUUUCGCAGGGAUCUACAAUUCUCCAAUCUUUUUUCGAUGCAGAUUGGGCUGGUGAUAAGGACACAAGACGGUCCACAUCUGGCUAUUGUACAUUCCUAGGGAACACUCUUAUCUCCUGGAGUGUCAAGAAACAACACACAGUAGCACGAUCUUCUAUCGAAGCUGAAUACCGUGCACUUGCCGCUGCAUUGACCGACAUCAUAUGGUUACGAAGAUUGCUGCUCGACUUCAACAUCUCCAUCACGUCGCCGACAACACUGCACUGUGACAGCACAUCGGCCAUAGCAUUGGCCAAUAACCCGGUCUUCCAUUCAAGAACAAAGCACAUUGAGAUUGACCAUCAUUUCAUCCGGGAUCACAUAGACAUGAAAACGGUCAACAUAUUUCCCAUCUCAACAAAAGAUCAAGUAGCCGACAUCUUCACCAAACACUUAUCUAUGCCUCGCUAUCAAUUUCUUUGAGACAAGCUCACGGUUCAAUCCGACCCAUUAGCUUGAGGGGGUGUAUUAAGAAUACCUGCUAGAUAACCUGUAAUCAGUCUACAUGUAAUAAACCUGUAGUAGAGUCUGUUCUAUCUCAGGCUAUAUAUACUUAUGCUAUGUAUCUGCUCACGGUAGAGAAUAGAAUUACUGUUUCUAAAACUCCUUUCGUCAAACUAAAUGAAUCUGACUAUUCAAAUAAAAAAAGAUUAAUUUAAACAGACCGAAUCAAGCCUACAUAACAUAUUUAUAUUAUUUUUAACUUUAAACAUAAAUAAUAAUAAUAAUAAUAAUAAUAAUAAUAAUAAUAAUAAUAAUAAUCAAUUCGGUGCCAAACUAUUAUCAGUUUGUUGUAGCCAUAUCGAGCAAUGAACACCUUUAUAUGAUAAAGACUUGUUUAAAUAAACAUAUUUAUGCUCUUAUAAGCCAUUGUCAUAAAGCUUUGUUAAUGAAUUUUUUAAUAAUUUGUGGCCCAGAAAUAAUACCAUAUGCAUAUAUGAACAAAAACGCAAGCUUAAGAAAUAUGAAAAACGUGCG